UACGUUAUUGAGUGGGAAAACCUCUUUAUAUACGUAGAAAUGGAAAAUGCGAAAGAUGAUAGGGUGGAGAGACGUUUUUUCAUUCCUCAAUGUCUGACAAUGGAGAAGGUGCGCCUGGCCACAUUCGUAGAUUGGAAAGUGGAUUUCAUCAAUAAGAGAGAUUUAUCGGGGUGUAUGCUGUAUUCCCAGAGGGAGGAGGAUCACGCCAGAUGCUUCAGUUGCAUGAUAUUUGUGGGGAGGUGGGAAGAGGGCGACAUACCGUGGGAAGAGCACAAAAAGCAUUCCCCAGAUUGCUUUUUCAUGCAUGAACCCCACUUGCAUGGUAAUGUUCCCAUAACUGACGAAAAAUACAAACCCGGUGAUCAGUUGCUUGAAGAAUGGACAGGAGGUAUUGAUAAACAGGAUGCCCCAACCAAAGACGAAGAAGAGAAAAAGGUCGAAGCUUUUAAAUUUAUCAAUAGUUAUUAUGAUUUCCUUAUAUCUCGUACAUUGCCCAAACCUCCAAUUAACAUCUUGCGCACAGAUGCUAUUAAAGUACUGGAGGUCAAGAGCCUUGCUUUCCCAUCGUAUAGUAGUCUGUCUUCUCGCAAAGAAUCCUUCAAGAGUUGGCCUAAGGAAAUUGACAUUACUCCAGAUGCUAUGGCAGAAGCUGGAUUUUUCUCUAUCGAUUUAGUGGACUGGGUUCAGUGCUUCAGUUGUGGUGGUGGUCUUUUUGCUUGGAAGUCUGGGGACAAUCCUCUGAAUGAUCAUGCAAGAUUUUAUUCCUUUUGCCCUUUCGUCAAGGAGAAACUAGGUGAAGAAACCGUAGCUAAAAUAGCUGCAGAAAAGCCACCUCCGCUGGCCCCAGACCGGCCUGUUCAGUUGUCAGAGGAGGAAGCUGAACUUUUGUUGGCGCUUCCUGUUUGCAAGAAAAUCUUUGGCAUGAAGAUGGACAGGGACCUCAUAGCAAUGGUCAUGAGGCUCAGGAUUGAGGAAUGUGGAUUUCCUUUUAAGAACUGGAAGAUUUUUACAGACAAGAUAGGAGAUUACAUGGAUACUCUGGACUUGCCGGAGGACAAAAAAAUCCGUGCUGCCCAUAAAGGAACUAAGUGAGGAUGUAUUAUUGUCCGUAACGGGUCUUACCUCUGUGAUUGUAAUGCUCUUAAAUGGUAUAGUUUAUCACGUCAAAUUUUUUCUUAAUGUUAAUGGUUAUGAAUAAAUGUUGAAUUAUUAGUUA